AUGAGAGACCUGUCGAGGUGGCACCGCCCUGCUGCUGGGCCCAUGAGCGAAGACACCUCUACAGAGAACCCCAAAGAACCGCCCCCUGAGAAGGCUUCGGACGUGCGACGCCGCUCUUUCGUCAUUCUCUCUUUCUGGGCCAUCGCUCUAUGUUUUGGUGUGCCAAUAUGGUGGAUAACGACGUCUAUUUACCGGGCUAACUUGCCCUUGUCUGAUAUGCUGGAUUGGGCUGACGGCAAGGCUUGUCGCCCUGUCUUCCCGCUGAGCAUCGCCAUUGAGGCGUCGUCUCUGCAAGACCAAGAGGCCCAGAACCUCCUUCGACAGACGCAACAUGCGCUCGACGACCUCAACGACUUCUCCGGCCACCACCUACGACUACAGCUAGCCCCACGCUCCAAUGAUGCAGCCGACAGACAAGGCCGCCAAGAGCUCGCGCUGACGGUCCGCCUGACGCCUGGUCAGUCCACUGCGGCGGCACUCGACCCAAACUCGGCCGUUCUCGACGUCACGUACCCGCCGAGCGCCGUUCCAUCGGCCUCGUCUUCGACAUCCCCGCUUGCCUCCUACAUUGCCAACGAGCUACGUUCGACGUACGCCGAGGAGCAGUCCAUCAUCUCCUACCUGCUCUCGACCUCUCCCGGUGCCUCGGAGCCGAGGUCCAAGGCACUCUCACCCGACGUGGCCGAGUCCUUGUCGAAGCGGACCACUCGAUCGAUGCGCUAUGCGCCUACGUUCCACCUGACAUUUUCUUUGUUCACAAAUGGCGCCGUGCCGAACGCGUGGGACAUUGAGAAGGCCAUUCAGGACUACAUGCAGCCCAUGCUCGACGUGCUGAGCCCGAUUCACAACUUCACAAUGGACACGCAGGUGCAGCUGUAUGCUACGCCGGGUGCACAAGCCGACGUGCUGGGCAAGGACGAUCUCGCCAGCUUCAUCAACGCCGCCGAGUGGCCGCUCUCGCCUUCCAUCGGCGGAGCACCAACGAUCAACUUUGUGCUCUUCGUCGGAAACCAGACGGUCGGGACCGAGCCGGGCUCGGGGAAUUCACAGUCGUGGCUGAUCCCGCAAUGGGGCACGGUCUAUCUGCAGUCACUGCCGCCAGCCGUGGCGCGCGUCUCGAGCGCGGACCUCAAGCAGCCGAUGCUGACCUUUGCGGGCCACCUGCUCUCCCUGCUGGGCACGCCGCAGACGGGCUCGCUGCCGCUCCGGCUGUCGACGCUGACGCGCAUCCGGUCGGCGGACCUUCUGCUGCGGGCCUCGUCCACACUGGGCUCGCUGGCGCGUGUCUCGCAGGCCCUGCCGUCCAUAUCGAUCCCCGGCAGCGUUGCUGACGGCGUGGCCAAGACGAUGCGCCACCUCGAGCUGGCGUGUGCGAGCCUCGGCGGCCUCGAAGGGCUGGAGCAUGCGCGCAUCGCCGAGGCCGAGGCGGAGCGGGCGUUCUUCGAGAAGAGCAUGGUCGGGCAGCUGUACUUUCCCGACGAACACAAGAUUGCGGUAUACCUACCUCUUCUGGGGCCAGUAGGUGUUCCGUUGAUCAUGGGCCUGCUGAACGAGCUGAAGGCGUGGAAGAAGAGGAGACGCGAGAGGGCCGAGGCCGAGGCCAAGAAGAAGGCCCAGUAA